AGAAGAGCUACUCCGUUCAAAGAGGAAGAAGGAGAAAAAUUCGUGAGAAUGAAGCAUAGAAGUCGGGUGACAUUUUUCCAGUGCGUACGAGCUCCUCCUCCACCCGCGCCGCUCCUCCACCGUGCCGAUGCUCCACCUCCACUGCCGCAGCUCCUCCUCCACCUCCAACUCGCCGCCCUCGCGCUCCUGGUCUCUCCAGCGAGCCAAUGUCUGGCCUCUGCCUCCGGACUUCUCCUCCACCUCGCCGAUGUCCCGCCUCCGCCCCCGCCUCUCCUCCACCACACCGAUGCUCCACCUCCUCCGCCGCAGCUCCUACUCCACCUCCAUCUCCCCGCCCUCGCGUUCCUGGUCUCCCCGCGACGCCUUUGCCGCGGCCACAGAGCGCGUACGUGCCGGGACGCUCAGCCCGGAAGACGAGCACCACCUGUUCGACGAAUUGCUAGGGCAGGCCACGCCGGUCCCCAGCCGCUCCUUCAACGGCUUCAUUGAUUUGGUUAAAGCUAAGGGGCUGGUUUCUGAAAUGAUGAACAAAGGUAUUCCUCGUCCUGACAUUGUGUUCUUCAGUUCAAUAGUAAACAGUCUAUGCAAAGAAGGAAGAGUUAUGGAUGCACAAGAUAUCUUUGACUUGGUUAUAGCCAUAGAUGAGAGGCCUAAUAUCAUUACAUUCAAUUCACUGAUUGACGGAUAUUGCUUAGUUGGCGAGAUGGAUAAAGCAUUCGGAGUACUUGAUGCCAUGAAAUCAGUUGGUGUUGAGCCUGAUGUUGUCACAUACAGCACGCUUGUUAAUGGCUAUUGUAGAAAUGGAAGGAUCGAUGAUGGUUUGACUCUGUUCAGGGAAAUGCCACGUAUGAGAAUAAAAUCUGACACUGUUACAUAUGGCAUCAUACUAGAUGGGUUGUUUCGUGCUGGGAGAACUGUCGUUGCAAGUAAAAUGUUCCAUGAGAUGAUCAAAAGUGGAACGGCAGUGGGCAUUCCCAUAUACAAUAUAAUACUUAGAGGGCUUUGUCUGAAUAAUUGUGCAGACGAAGCGAUCGCCAUGUUCCAGAAAUUAGGUGCAAUGAAUGUGAAGCUUGAUGUUGUAACACUCAAUACCAUGAUUAAUGCAUUCUACAAGGUUGAAAGAAAAGAAGAAGCUAAGGAUUUGUUUGCUGCAAUAUCAGCCAGCGGCUUGGUGCCCAAUGCUUCUACUUACAGCAUAAGGAUAACAAAUUAUCUGAAGGAAGGAUUAGUGGAAGAUGCUAACAAUAUUUUUUCAUCAAUGGAGAAGAGUGGUAUAGCUCCCAGCUCUCAUCUUAUAAAUUAUAUCAUCAGAAUGUUGUUGGAAAAAGGUGAGAUCGCCAAGGCUGGACAUUAUUUGUCCAAGGUUGAUGGGAAUAACAUCUUACUUGAAGCUUCAACUACGUCGCUGAUGUUGUCUCUCUUUUCAAGGAGCGGGAAAUAUCAGGAGAAUAUCAAAUUGCUUCCUGCAAAGUAUCAGUCUUUUGACACAUUUGGUUGACUAGCCGAGGCAUUGCAUAUGAGGCUGUCUCAGUACAGUCGCGAACUAUUUGCUUGUCAUAAGGCCUUCCUGCCAGUAUAAGAUAUCCAAAGUGCCUGCUUGUAAAAAGUGGACACCUCAUAUUUCAUUGAGUACAUUUUGUGGCGUGUCAAGAUAUCCAAAGAUUGUGAUUUGAAUCUAGCCAUUCUGUGGCAUAAUUUGAUGUCUACUUCAACACUUCAUUCACCUGUUGUGUAGUCCUGAAAUUGCUAGAGCUAUCCUACCCAGCACCACGAUAUGCCUGUGAUCUCUCUGGUUGACUAGGAGGGGCUGAAAAAAUUAUCUUUGUUUUCGUUUAGUCUCUUCUAUUAAUCUACCAGGUACCACCUCAUAACUGAAUAAACAAUCAUUUGCAUUUGGAUGAUGCAUGAAGAUGAAGAAUGGAAUAAAUAGACAUCAAAUUCCAUGAACGACCAAAAUUUUUAGGCAGCCAUGUAUUGAUCGAACAAAAGGAUAAAUCGGCCAACUGAUCAUUCAUGUGUCCAGCAACUUUGGCCUCAUAGGGAUACAACAGAUGAACGCUCCAGAUAACACUGAAGAAGAAAGGAGCCGCCUGAAACCAUUUAAGCAGA